AUGGCUACUGGAUUCUCUGUUACACCCCGAAAGGAAGGAACUUGGACCAAACUGGUGAUAUUCGUCUCACUAUACUGCCUGAUCCUUGAAUCCAUUCUAGGAGUGACCCUCGUCCUGUUUCUCUAUGGCAAGCAUCAAGUUGAUUCAAAGAUGACUCUUAGCUUGGUUCUCUGUCUGGUAUCCUCACUUCUCACCAUCCCGCUGGUUUCUCUCCAGAGUUUGGUCGCCUGGCAAUAUAACAAAAUUGGAGGAUUUGGAGAGCAGAAAACAGUACUGCACAAUGUCUGCACCUAUGUACUGCGAUUGGAUCUCAUGCUGUGGCUGGCUACCAGUGUUACGGGUCUGAUCGUGGCCGCUCAGCAAGUCUAUUGCCUUCCAUCUGGGACAGAUGCCAGCUACUGGAGAGUUGGUGUUAGCUGCGUGUUUCAUCGGUCAUCCGUCGUUGUCUCCGUCGCCUCACUGGUCACUGUUUGCACCAUGUACUGUGCGCGAGAGCUUUGUGAUCGCCCUUACGACGUUUCCAUUAUUGGAAUCUAUAAACGUUCGCAAGCACUUCGUGAUGACAGCAUUUUCUCUGGCCACAGUUGGGACAGCGACGAGACUCUUAAAAAUGAGAUUUUAAACCUUUGUCGCCAGCAUGAUGGAAAAACGGCUGAAGAGCCGUGGUAUUUCGACCCACUGGCCCAUAAAGUGAACUGCCAUCCAAGCAUCCGACACCCUGCACCUGUUCGUCUGCGUCCACAGCUCCACGUCAACACAAAUGCAGGCUCCGAGUAUGGAGAAAUCACCUCUGGAACGACGGUAUCCCCCGAUGACACCAUGCACCGUUUCUCCCCUGGAGGCCAAACAAUCACGACUGAUUUCUAUCCUAUAUCGCGUACUUCUACCGUCAUGACAUCGCAAACCGCCUGCGAAUCGCGAACUCUUCUUUCCGACUUUGCGGUUCCUAAGGUACCAGCAAUUCCCGAGCAGUAUACGCCGAAUCACAAGAGGGGGAAUUCAUCUCUAUCUUCGUUCAGGCGUUUUCUUCCCAAAUCUUUCCCUCUCUCGCUGCCACUGUCAUCGGACCCACAGAUACUGGCCCUUGCCGACCCCAAUGCGGCAUCAGAUGUCGAGAAGCAAGUCGUGACUCCGUCCACUUCCAGGAAAGAUCUCACAGCAGUCGCUCACGAGAUGCCUGUCGAUAAGACUCAAGACUCAUCCACGUCUAUAGCGACCCAAACACCUCAAAAGUCGGCUCCGUCACCACACAACAAGCCCGAUGGCCAUGCUCGUACAAUGACAAUGAACUCUGCCGAUGCACCAGAGGUGGUGAUGCCUGUGAAGCCCACCAAAGUCCGCCGGUCCCAAACCGCGUAUCUAGCAGCGAUGUCUAUCCAUCACCCACACCAUCCCAACUACAUUCCUGGUCCCACAAUCCCUCCCAACCCACGGAAAUACUCUCUUUCGUGCCGCCAAAACUCUGCGAAUCUCCCUUCACAUGUCGAUCCCCUACGACGGACAACUUCUCGUCAAACCAACACUGUGCAGUACCCUGUCCGCAGCAGCUCGUAUUCAUUCGAUCAGCAUAUUCCACGGCAUACCCAAAGCCAGUACCAUGCCAACUGGUAUCCACACCCUCCCCGCUGGGCUAGUCAUCCAGGAUUCGAUCCCAGCCGCUCAGUGCCUAACCUACCACGCCGCAAUGACGUUGAGAUCAUUUACCCGAGCACCCGGCGAUCGCGCAGCAGCACUAAUGGAGGCUUCAAUGGUCCGUUGAGCUGUAUCAUGGAAUUAUCUUCGAUGCCACGGGCGUCCGUAGCUGAUACCAAGCUCAGUGCUGCCGCCUUAGAAGCAAAGCGCAAUGUGAUCGAUCAAACGACCUAUCGCGGCGCGAAUCGCACCAGCUUAGGCUUUUAUUGA